AUGGCAAUCGACAGAGUCCCCCGCGGCCAAGUCCGCGCAACCCUAAACUUCUUCGCCGCUCCCGCCGACAACGCGUCCCCCUACAACCUCAUCAACCCAGACGGUCCCCCCUCCAGAAACUACGGCGACGCUCCCACAGAAACCGUCCUCAACGACAUCCGUGGCCGCGAAUCGGAAUUCUCCCUGGACCGCGACGCCUUCGCCGUGAUCCGCGACCUCCCGCCCUCCGCAGAGAAAGACUUCACAGACGACGAAUCCGUCAGAGAAAACUACUACCCGGAACUCGAGAAGCUCCUCCUGGAACACGUCCCGGGAAGCACCCGCGUCCUCUUCUUCGACCACACCAUCCGCCGCGCCGACCCCGAGGCCCCGCGGAACCCAGUCACCCGCGUCCACAUAGACCAGACCCCGUCCUCCGUCAUCCAGCGCGUGAAGAAGCACCUCCCCGAAGAAGAAGCAGACAAGCUCCUCGCGGGCCGGUACCGCAUCAUCAACGUCUGGCGCCCGCUCAACAAGACGCCCGUCGAGUCCUUUCCCCUGGGCUUCGCGUCCUCCUCGACGCUGGCCGACGAGGACAUCGUACCCAUCGAGCACCGGUAUACCACGGGCUACACCGGUGAGACGGCGGGUAUCAAGUUCAGCCCGGAGCAAAAGUGGUACUACCUGAGCGGCAUGACGGGAGACGAGCGGCUGCUGCUCGAGUGCUUUGACAGCGAGGGUCUCCGGGACGGCACCGGUGUCGAGGGAGGUCGCGUGGCUCACACUGCUUUCGAAGAUCCGAGAACGAGGGCUGAUGCUGUGGGCCGGGAGAGCAUCGAAGUACGGGCGCUGGUGUUUGGUCCUUAG